UGUUCAAUCAUAAAUACUGUUCCACGUGCUUAAAAUUCAAAUCAGAUCUCUCACCGCACUCUCCAUUGUCAUACUCUCUGUUCUUGAUUCAGUCAUUAAAUCAAACACUUAACCCACAUCAAACUAAACACAAUGGGAGCGCCAAACAAGAACGCCCGAACAAUCUCACAAGCAGCAUUCGACGAGUUAGUGAAAGAAAACAUGGAAGACUUAGAAAUGGACCCAACAGAAGCACUCGAAGACGCAAUCCAAACCCUAACUCUUCAAGGCGUUGAUAUUUCCGGCAUUAUAACCUGUGUUCCGGGACAAACCAGUGUCAAAGACAAUCCAAUUUUGCAGUGUUUGAACAGAUUACAAGAAAUCGAAUCGCUUAACGACCCAGUUAUUAGUAAUGGUGAUUGUGUUCGUGAGAUUGGUGGGUUGUUUGAGAAAUUUGUUGGGUUGUGUAGUGAAGGGUCUGGUAAUGUUGCUAUUGCUGUUAAAAAUGGCGGGUUGGAAUUAAUUUGUUCUGUUUGUUGUAAGAUACCAAUGCAAUGUCAGAGUGUUCUUGUUUUGGGAUUGAAGACUUUGGGUUUGUUUCUUUAUGAUUUGCAAAGUACGGAAAUAUUUCGAUCCAGUGGAGGACCAGCAAUAGUGGCCGGAAUCCUCAAGGGUGGAAAGGAAAAUUUAGACAUACUGGAAAGUGGUUUUAGUGUUGUUGCUGCAGCUGCAACGGGAAAUGAGGUUUUGAAGGAGAUAUUUAUGGAACUGAAAAUUGAUGAGCUCAUUUUGGAAGUCCUGAAUGGACGGCAUAAAGGCAUUGUUCAAAGUUUGUAUGAUGCUAUAUGUGUUCUGUUGACACCUGAUGAUAAUCGUGUUGUGGCUUCCCAGGUUUAUGGUUAUGCGCGGAAAUUUGCAAAGAUUGGAAUUGCUGGAUCUCUUGUGGAUUCAUUACAUGGAGGGCUUACAUCACCUAGUCUAGUUUCAAUAUGCAUCGCUUUAAAGGCUGUGGCUGUCAAUGAUGAAAUAUGUAAAUCCAUUGCUGAAAGAGGAGGUAUUGACGCAGUUCUCCAAUGUAUUGAUAACAGUGGCGAAGAUGGGAAUAAAACAGUAGCCAGAACUUGUUGUUCAUUGUUAUCCAAGCUGGCAGGAAGUGACUCAAAUAAGAGCAUUAUAGUAGAAAGAGGGGGUAUGGACAAGCUAAUUCGACUGUCAGCUCGAUUUUCUGAUGACCCUUCAGUUUUGCAAGAGGUUAUGCCCAUCAUCAUGACACUCUGCUUAAGAUCCCCAGACAGGGCUUCGCGAGCCAUUGAAGCUGGAGCUGGUGAGCUCGCCAUCCAAGCCAUGCAAAAGUUUCCUUCCGCACCACAACUGCAGCGGAACUGCUGCUUAAUGAUCCGAAAUCUUGUUGUGAGGAACCCAGAGAAUAGAACGCUUCUUCUCAGCCAUGGCAUUGAGAGAAUUAUAAGAAGUGCUAAGCAAAGCCAUGAAACCUGCAAGGAAGCUGCGACCGAUGCUCUGAGGGACUUGGGACUUGAUAACUACAACUCAUAGCUUGUAUCUAGAAUAGGUGUGCGCAUUUACUUUGCGAUUUUCAUAAACCAAAUCAAAUCAAUAUAUUUAUACAAAUAUUUUUUUUCUAAAUCAUGAUUGUUAUUGCUUAAAAAUCUAAGUUAUUAAUUAUAAUCAAUGAGAUAAUACUUUGUGUGUGUUUUCUUUUU